AUGAUGGAUAUCAAAUACAAGGGAUGGAACAAACACCAGCCAACAACAGGUCAAAAACUGAUUCAAAAGAACAUUAAUCACCCAAUUCUACCAUUUAGAGAAGCCAGAUCAAUCACAACUAUCAAAGGAAGAGACUUAGCAUGGAGAUAUCUACUCAAGGCACUUCCAAAACACCAUGGGGAGAAUUGCCACUCAUGUAAAGAAGAAGAAUCGUCUAUGCACAUCUUCUUCGAAUGCAAAUCAAUAAAACAGAAUAUCGACUCAAUCUAUCAAAAGGUCUGUAAAGACUCCAACAACACUUACCACGGUCCAUGGAGCGAAAAAGUUCUCGGGAAACUACUCACACCAUUCUCAUCAAAUCUGAUAGGAGCCAUUAUGGAAUCGAUAUGGUACAGAAGAAAUCAAAUAAAAUUCAACGAUAACACUACAAUAAUAACAGAGAACCAAAUAAUUCAUAAAAUCAAAAAAGCGAGAGAUGCUGAAUGGGAUAGAACAAGAAAGAUAGUAGAAAAGCAACUACGUCAAGAACUAAGAUGCACUGAUAACCGAGAGUCAAUCAAUCGGACCGCAUCAAUAAAAAGAAGACACGAAAAAUUCAGCCACAACUGGAACUCGAAACUCAUGACCAUAAACAUCCCGGAACACUUCAUACCAUACUGCUCAUAUAACACCAACUACUCAUAA